AUGUCGAAACCACUGUCUUACCAAAGUACACGAUGCGUUUUGCAAUAUUUCGAUUCUACUGAAAGAUUUCUCUUGACGUCACGCUGCCCUGCUAUCAAGCAAUUCGAAAAGUCAAUCCCGUUACGUCUUGAAAACCUAGAAUUCACUAAAGAUAGUAUCACUUUGAACGAUCUCAGGUUUUGUCUUAACGGGACGUAUAGUAUGAAGCGUGCCGGAAGAGGUGAAGUGAUAUCUUGUACCAGCUCUUAUUCGGUCACAAUCACAAAAGAGGAUCAAAGAAUGAAGAGUGGAAAGAGAACAAUCGUUCACUGUACUACGCGAAUCCAAAUAUCCAAAGAAAAGGCAUUUGAAAAGUUGGCAUGUAUCCUUCUGGGUGAAAGGAAUACAGUAUACGUGAAAAAAAUGGAAAUCAAAAAGAGAUAUCCGGAAAAUAUCGAAUGGCCUGCAAACACCCAGGUCGCUAUGGACAUUCUUCUUGCCGAACACCACACUUUCGAAUAUGUCCUGCGCAUCAUAUCGGAUGCAUCCCCAUUGAAACAUUUGGAUUCGCAAUUUUCAAAUAAGGAAUCAUUCGAUAAUGAGCUCGUCAAAAGAGCUGGAACACUUUGCAUUAGGGAAAUCAAUGAGAGUUGUUAUCCAAAACUAGCGACUCUCCGCAACAAGGCGGUUAAUGUUUUAAACUCAUUGUUGCCAAAGGAAGUAAUCAUCAAUACCGUAAAAAACUGGAAAGAGGAAGGGAGAGAGAUAGGAACAUUUCUUUAUACAAAGUAUGAAGAAGAUGAAGAGGAUAUCAUAUUUACUCUAAAGAAUCGCUUCAAAGGGAAAUAUGGUUCAAAGUUAUUGUACAGACCCCACAGUCAACUCAAUGUUUCAAUGAGCACAUCGUCCACAAUCUUCAUUCAUAAAGACUUCACACGAUCUCUCACUAUGGAAGCUGUUUGCAAAUAA